UGAGUCAUUCGGAUUCUCCUCUCUUCCUGUGCUUGUGCGCAAUCUUCCAAUACUGUGCAUGUGUGUGUGUGUGUCGUCAUUGCGCCGUGUUGGGCUGCAAUUGUGGAAUUUGUGUUCUCCAGGUAUUGGUCCUUUCCACUCCGUUGUCUGCGUGAGUUCGUCUCGCAGAGAUUGCAGCUGGCGAUCGUUGAGGCAUUUCAGUAACCAAGGCAAUGUCGGCGUAAAGAGAUUUUGGUUCAAGGGGAAAAUUUGAAAAUAUUUAGAGCUGUGGAAAGACUAUGAACAACACCUGUUGCAAUCCAACCAUGUCAGUGGUGGGCGUGCGAGCAGCUGCUUUAGGAAGUCGAGGUUUAUUGUUCUGUCAAAGCCAAUGCAAAUUCGUGCUUGGGAUCAAGGGCUCCUCUCUCCCUCAUUAUGCUCGGUCCGUGUUGCCCCAUCCUCAUAGGCCGACUCAGAAGAGUUCUCGGCUUCCUUCGCUACUCACAGUGAAGUGUGCGUCACAUGAUCCGUUUCCGCCAGCCACUACGUUUGUUCUUCUGAACACCAAAGAGUGUGCAGAUGGCAGCAUCAUGUUCAACUUUGGUUCAACUGAACAACAGACCUCUAAUGCACAAUCAAGUGAAACAAACAUUGCUGAAGUUAAUAGUUCAGACUCUGGAGACGUGAAGGCUAGUGUGAAUAUAAGCCGCAACGAGAGUGUCGUGGGCAACUCCGCAGCAGGUGCAGAGGAUUCGUCUGACAUCGAGGAUGUACCAGAUGCAGCAAGCUUGAGUGAUUUAGUUCAUGGUGCCGAGGAACUCGCAGAAGAGCUGAAUAAGGAGGACGAUGAACUGAAGGCAGAAGCAUCAAGAAUUAAAGAACAGCGCCAGUCGGAAAUAGCAGACAAGGCAGGAGCUAAAAGCAACGGGUCGUCAAAUGCAGUUGCCCCAACCAGCAGUGAUGGCUCUGAUUCGUCGGAUACCGGAAUCAAAGAAGGGAUUCCGAAUCACGAUGUGAUGUUCAAUUCUGCAGCUGCUAUGAUUCCUCAUCCGGAGAAGGCUAGUAUCGGAGGAGAAGAUGCGUACUUCAUAGAUGGAACGAGGUGGGUGGGAGUAGCUGAUGGUGUUGGUGGUUGGGCUCUUAGUGGAGUCAAUGCUGGAGAUUAUGCUCGGGAGCUUAUGUGGAACUGUGCGGAGAGGGCUCGCAAAGUUGGAAGUGAGUCCGACCCCAAAUCAGUUCUUAUUUAUGCUGCUAAGCGAACGAAGUCCAAAGGCACUGCAGCGACAUUGAUUGCUUCACUAUACGACCAGACGCUUCGAGUAGCCAACGUCGGUGAUAGUGGGUUUGUGGUGGUGCGGGAUUCUACCGUCGUAGCAAGAUCAGAACCUAUGAUCCGGGGGUUCAACUUCCCCUAUCAAAUCGGUACCGACGGAGAUGACCCAGAGAUGGCCGAGGUUUACGAUAUCAAAGUGCAGAAAAAUGAUGUAGUAAUUCUAGGCUCAGAUGGUAUUUGGGACAAUCUAUUUGAGCAACAGGUGAUCGAGAUUGUUGAUUCUGUUCACACGGCUGGCGGUGGACCAGAGAUUUUAGCGAAACAGUUGGUGACAAUGGCAAACAAAUUGGGACAAAGGAAGCAGGGAAUGAGUCCAUUUGCAGCAGCAGCACAUGCGGCUGGGUACACUAGUUAUUUUGGAGGAAAGCUGGACGACAGCACAGCUGUUGUAGCGUACGUGACCUGAGGCGACAGGCCAUCUUAUCUAAAUUUUUUUCAUGAUGCUUCCCUCUCUUGUACAUCUAUCACCAUCAUUUGCCAAGGGCUGAAUACCUCAAAAUGCUGUUUAGAUUGCCCUGUACGCAUCUCUAAUCUCUGCAUUUUUCUGAUGAUGCGUAAUCUCCUCUACACAUUUUCCCGGAGUUGCUGCAAGUAUCCAGCAUAAAGAGUUUCAUUGGUGUAAUUAGAUGCAGGACUAACUUUUGAGUGAACUGCAUCUAGGUAGUACAGAAGAUGCGUGUUGUAGCCUAAGCUUUAGUGUAAUUCUCUUACUAGAAUUAUUGGUUGUCAGCUGCAGGUUUGGUAUCUCAUCUUUUGUUAUCACAAGUGCCUCAAGUAGUUCCAGUGAUUCUUUUUCAAAAAAUAUUUGUCUUGAUUUUCGAAUGACGUUAUUCCGUUGUUGUUCAUCAAUAAUUAGCCUACUUUCUCUUAAUGAUCAAAACAUUUUAAAAA